AUGAUUCCAGCUCGAGGUCCUGUAUUACGGCUACUCUUGUUGGCUGUCUUGUUGGUCAUCGCCUAUCAAAUCUACAGCGUCAUGACAGGUGCUCCUCCACCCAAUCGUAUAUCCAUCUUUGAGCAAUCUUCUUUCGACAAUGAAUCCUCGGCUACGACGGCACCUAGUCAACAACAACAUCGGUUACCUUGGUAUAAGCAAUCCUAUAAGGCUAUCAGCAAAGCAGCGUUUGAUCCAGAUCAUGCAUUUACCACUGAGCACUUGACGACUGAGGAACGACGAGCAUUGCAGGAACGGAUGGUGGGCAUAGCACAAUCCAUGGCACAAGAGGCAUUUGGCAACAAGUAUGAUGGUCGUAUCCCUGGUACAAUUCUGGAUACUCAAGAUCAAGUGGAUGCUAUGCGAUCGUUGGUGAAUUGUUGGACUCGUGGACGAUGGGUAAAGAGCAGCAAUCGUGCACCGUUACUACGUCAUUUCCAAGAUCCGUUGUAUGGCAGUUGUGAUGCCAAGUUUUACAAGACACAUGGCAAAAAUGAGCAACGUGAAGCUGUCAAAUACACGUGGGAACCUUCAUGUCCGUUACCAAUGACAACCGUUGAUCCACAACAAUGGUGCGGUGGUGCUCUAAAAGGCCGCAAUCUCAUGCUUGUCGGUGAUCUUGCUCAAUAUCAAAUGCAUGAAAUAUUACUUGAUGCAUUACGUGAUGGACCUGUCGUAUGUUAUGGUGAAUUGAAUUGCAAAGAACAUACGAUAUGCAAUGAACCCAAAGCAAGUUAUUUACGCUAUUUCCGCAAUGACGUGGUAUCGAUUGCACGCAAAGUGGACAAGCAGUAUGGACACCCAUCGAUGGAUAUAGUCGAAUGGCCUUUUAUGGCGAACUUUAUUUUACGUGAAUACGACAUUUUCAUCUUGAAUCGCAGCCCGGUGGUCGAGGAUGAUACCAACUUUGCUCGUCAAUUGACACAAACGCUUGCAUCAUUACGAAAGAGCAAACCACGUGCACUUAUCAUCUACCGAUCCUCGGCUAUUGGUCAUCCCCAUUGUGACGAUGCUGAUGGCCCACUUGAACAACCCUUGGAUGAUGAGCAGCAACGCCAGCUACCUUAUGGAUGGAGUGAAUAUGAUCGUAGGAAUGCCAUUGCACGUACCAUUGUGGAAGCAGCAGGCGGAUUGUUUAUUGAUCUUGGUGCAUUGGCUAAUUUGAGACCGGAUGGUCAUAUUGGUGGCCAAGAUUGUUUGCGCUAUUGUAUUCCAGGACCCUUAGACGCAUGGGUGACGAUCUUGUAUAAUGUCAUGCUCGGCUUGGAAGGUGCAUUACCACUCCCAGAAGAUAACAAUCUCAUGUCAUAA